AUGCACGAUACAGCAGAGUUCGCCGCUACCUGCAAGGCUGAAACGUUAAUUUCCUCUUCGCACGAGGCUAUCGCUGAUGUCCGUCUCUUUGCUUGGGGUUUGGAAUCGAGAGUUGGGGUUUGCUGUGGACUGGUGAAGGACAUGUCUCGUGGAGGAGUCAUCAGUUUUGAUAUCGACGAUGAAGGAUAUAUUAAGAUAUGA